UGGCUUUCACAACGGUCGGAGUUGAGCUCAUCGAGAUCUUGGUAAUUUAUUUUCAACCCUUUUUUUCGCCUUUUUACUUCCCUAGAGUGCGUGGAUCUCAUUGCGGUGCUCUUAAGUUGGAUAAUUUGGGAAACUCGAUAAUUUCUUGAUUACCAAUCCUAUUCCACAAUGGAUUACAGUCCCCAAUCCAUGACUUCAUCCAUGCCAUAUGAGUCCACAAUGACGCACACUAUGUCAAUAGCUGAUGACAUCAAGACUCAGCACAGACAGUUGUUUAACCCAGUCACCCCUGACAUCUCACCUCCUCCACAGAUGGCAAAUGGAGGAAUCCCCUUGAAGAGUAAAGAAGCUCCACCUGUGUUGGAGUUAAGCAACAUGACAAAUACAGAUAUUCAAGAAAUGGAACAAGUCAGGGAACAUCUUCAACUGAUGCUGCAAAACUAUAAAGGAUUCAGUGAUCAUCAGGGAGAUUAUGAACUAGCACCAAGUACAACAACUGCAGACUAUGAAACACAAGGUAAUGAAGCUGAUAAAGAAUCCAUUGCCAGUGUUGAAACUACAUCUUUGUUACAAAGAUUGCUGCCAAACUCCUCCCCACUUUCUGAGCUACAGGUCCAUUUCCAAACUGCCGAGCAAGGCAUACCAUCUCAUGAUCAACACACAAGACAAAUGGUCUCAUUCUCAGGAGAUAGAAGGUUAAAACCAAUUCCUAGCAGUAAAGUUACAAGUGAUAAAACACUUCUUUCCGAAAAUUCAUUGCUGAGAGAUCAGGUGGAGAAGGAACGGUUCAGAAGAAAGCACUGCGAGCAGCAAAUACAAGAGUUGCAUGGAAAGUUACUUGAGGUUCAGCAGCAAUUAGCAGUCGCUGUGUCUGCUGAAAGGAAGAAGGAUGCAAUGAUUGAACAACUUGAUAAGACAUUGGCUAAAGUUGUCGAUGGAUGGAAGAAACACGAAAAUGAGAAGGUAGCCAUUAUCAAUCAACUGAAAGUGGAAAGAGAAAAUGCAGAACAGUCUCAGCAACGACAACAAGAGAUGUUGUUACAGUUUGAGAAAGAAUUAGCACAAGCUGUGGAAGCUUUGACAAAGGAGCAGGAUAAAGCUGCUCAGGCUGAGAGAGAGAAACAGACGCAGCUCAAGCAACAAAAAGAGGAGAGAAGCAAGCUACUAGAAUGUCUCUCAAAAGAAAAAGAAGCACUGUCGCAAAUUGAACACGAAAAAAUGCAAGUCAUCAAGGACAAGGAAGAAACAGAAGAGAAGUACAUUCAAUGCGACCAAGCUUUGAAAGAACAAGAGAAGAUUUCUGAAGAACUCCAGUCAAGAAUUGAUGGUCUUGAAGCUGAACACAAUGAAGCUUUGGCCAGAGAAAAGGAAAAGCUACAAAAAGAAAUACAGGCAUCCAAGGAUGGCCAAGCUGUUCUUGCAUCAGUUCAAAAAGAAGUUCAGCGUCUUGAAAUGGAACUUGAUACGAGCAAUAGAGAAAAGGAGAGCUUGAAGAUGGAGCUCCGCUUGAUGGAAGCUAAGCAUGAAGCAAACAGAACAAAAGAGGAGACAGAGAGACAAGCUGAACUGGAGAGAGAGAUGACUGAGCGGCUGGAGGAGAUACAUGAGCAAAUGUCUCAAACAGAAACAGACCUAAGAGAAUCACACAGAAAACAGCUUCUGGAGAUGAAUAAGAAACACAAGGAAGACCUUGAGCAGCAGCUUGCCAAAUUUCAUGAGGAGCUGAAACGAAAGGACAUUAAGCUGAAGUCUACAAGUGAUGAAUAUGAAGAGAGAAUAAGUGGUUUUCAAGAAAAGAUGGCAUCACUUUCCAAUACAAGGCAGUACUUUGAAAAAGAAAGACAGAUUCUGUCAGUUCGCCUGCAGCAAAUGAUGCAGGCUCAUUGUGAUGAAGCCAUUAAGCUGUUGAACUCUAGUGCUGCUACGCUUUCCCCAGGCUUAUCUGAAACACAACAGACAUCCUCCUUUCAGUUUAGCCAAGAUCAUGGUUCUUUCAUGAAGAACACUAAAGACUCAUCGUCCUUCAAGUGGGGAAAAAGUACAGAACACCAGCCUGAUAAAGUGCCAAUCACAGCAGCUCUGUUCCCAUCCUCACAGCUACAACAACAACUGAAAAUAUCAGAAAAACCACUGUCAAGUCUCCACUCAUCUUCUAGACCAGUGUACAAUGUAACCCACGAUAGCUCACACACCGACAGUGGAAUGUACUCAACUAGUUAUCUCAGCAUGAAUGGUGAUUCUGAAAGACACGAGGUGUUAUUGCAUGACCAGUCUGCUGGUGGUCUUGAGUUUUUCCCUCUUCGUGCUGUUCUGGACAAUGACAAAAGUAUUAUCAGUGGUCAGUCUGUAGUCAACGGCGAUGAUACCGAUGAUAAGGAAAGAACUCUGCUAGAACAAGAAUUAGGGACAGAUAACACACUGUUGUCAGUCUAUCCUCAUGACACGCAUCAACCGAGGCACAUUUCACCUAUAGCUGCUGUGACAGAGGAUACUAUUUCAGAAAAACUUCAGGAGCAGGAGUCACGUCAAGCAGAGUUGAAUCACUAUGUGAAAAUGCUCCUGCAAAGAUCACCUGGAGAUCAACAUUAUGAGCAAGAAAAAGACCACCUCCCAAAUGGCCUGAUGUUGAUUCCUUCAACUGCUGAAGUGCGAGAUGGAUCUUCAUCGUCAGGAGUCAUAUCUCCCAUUCAAUCAGAUCAUCAGUCUGAACCAAGACAUGUGACCACCCCAAUCUAUCCUCCCACAGGUUCAAGCAGUCACUCCUGUCAGGAUGGUAAACAUAAGGGACAACCAACACAACCAGCCUUCACAAAGACCACAGUCACACCAGGUUCAUUCAGCAUGCCAGUACAAGCCAGGAGAGAUGGUUUUACAAGUCAGAUGCCAUCUCAAUUGCCGCAUGCAAGAUUAGCUCAAGUUGCACCACACACUCCACCCCGGAGAGAAAGAGACAGUGAUGAUCAACCUCCACCCCCAGGGGCUCUAACUCCUCAACAGGUCGGUCAGUUGUCCAGAAUGCUGGGUCUGUUCUCAGGGCCAGGUCAGCCACAACUGACAGCAGAGCAACUCUUUGCUUAUCUCAGAGGUGUUCAAAACAACCCUUUAGGUAACAUUUCUUCAUCAGGACCAAACCCAGUCAGCACAAAGAGCCACAGUACACACGAGCAGUCUGGGCCUGGGCCUAAUGUGAGGGACUCUCCUCCCCAGGCUUCUCACAGACAACAACAAAUGGGAGCUAACAAGGCAAGAAGAAGUCUGGACACUAACUUUCACAAGAGACAGGUCCAAGGUGGUCAAACCCAGGGCCCUUCUGUAAGUGGUCACCCUAUAGUCCCACCAGGUGGCCAGACUACCAAGUCUACUGAGCAACCAGGCCAGACAAAAGCUCACAAACAGCCAGUGAAACAAGCAUCAAGUCAUGUAGGGCCUCCCCUCAGAUACCAUGGGGUACAAGAUGGAACUAAACUGCCAGCAAAAACUACACAGCAAAGUAAAGAAACCAAAGCAAAGCCUGCUCCUGCUGGGAAACAAACCAAGAUUAAUGCUUGGAGAUAGCUUCUAUAAUUUGUUAUCAUUUAUUUUUGUACUUGUCAAUAUAUUUCACAGAGCAAAGGAAAGCAAAAUAUCAUAGCUUUAUUUUCUAAUAAAUUAUGAUCUGAGAGAAGUCUAAUCUGAUUGAAA